AUGGUUCUUGAAGAAAAAGGAAUAAGAGAGAAUAAGAAAGAAACUUAUAAUAUUGAAUGUGAAUGUGAUACGAAAAACUCCAACGCAACAUGUUGUUCAGGUGAUACUUGUUGUAAAUAUACACCGAAAACUGCAAAUUCACCAAAAUCAAAAAAAAAGAAUAUUAUUAGCCAUCAUGUUAUGUAUGAAGAAUCGGCCCCAAGAUCAUAUGGAAUUCCAUUGGAAAUAUCAAAUCCGAAAGGAACCUGUUUUAAACAUAAACGAAAAGUUCAAAACUUUUUACCAUGUAAAACAAAUACACGUGGGCCUCAUAUAGGUGGUGGUGUAACAGUAGGACAUUCUGUAACAUAUGAAGAUCCUGAUGCCCCAUUGGGACAUAGACCAUUAAUGAUGAGACAUCAUCAUAAUGUAGAGAUGCUUACGAAAUCAGUUCAUUAUCCAUCUGGUUAUCCUAUGACAAGAUCACCACCUCAUUUAGUUUGCAAUUCACCAGGCCCAGAUCCAUAUCGAUCAAAUGAUAAUGUUUAUGAAGAAUUAGGCCCUGCUCGAACAUCAGAAAAUGAGUCAGAAUUAGCUCAAUCUGAUGAUGAUUUUGCUGAAGAUGAGCUUAGCUUACCUGGUGAACGAAAUUUAAAUAAAUUAUCUCCAGAGAAUAAAAAUAUCAAUAGCGGUCCGGUUUCAACAAUAUACCAUGAACAAUGCAGUAGCUCAACAAAUCAACAACAAAUUAAUGGAAAUGAACGAAAUUCUUUAGUAAAUUCAUCGGCUUCCAAUUACAAUCAACGAUUAAACAAUAAAAAUGCAAAUAUUGGAAAUAAUUCAAAUAGUAAUUGCAAUAAUAGUACACCAAGUAGACUUGGAAUUUUUUCUGGGGUUUUUCGGAAUACAACAGGUCGAAGUAAUAAAAAUAAUCCAAAUAAUAAUAUUGUACAACAAAAUAAUCGAAAUAGAUGUCAAAAUCAUAAAACAUUACCACAUAAUCAUGAUGAAUUAAAUAGAUUAGCAUUAGCUGAACAAAAUUGUAGACAACAAAGUUCAAAUAAUCAAAUUCAGUCAGAUGUUAUAAUACCUCCAACACAAUUAAUUUAUGAUGAUGUUGCUAGUCGAAAUAAUUUAAUGCAAUUAGCUUAUAAUCAUGGUAAUAAUUUUCCACCAACAAUAAAUAGUUCAAAUAUUAUUAACUCUAGUCGUAUGAAUAAUUUACACGACCAACAUUGUUACAAUACUUUGGACAGUGAAGUAGAGAGAAGAAACAGAAUUAAUCAAUUGCAUCAUACACCUGGAGUAAUACCGCCUGUAGCAACUAUAUUUCGUGGUACUGGAGCAGAAAGAAUUAAUUAUACUUCCAGAUAUCCACAGCCCUAUUAUACAAGUCAACCAAAUAAUAUUUUAAGUUUACAAAAAUCUAGAACGAAUCCGAGAAGUUUAGAUAGAAGAAGAAUUAUAGCUGCAAUAUCUGCAGAUGAACCAAACUACGGUUAUGCUGAACCAGUUUUCCAUGAAGGUCUAUUAUACAAUACUAAAAAUACCACGAAUACACCUACAAAUUCAACAAUAUUACGUCAGCCAUAUCAAUCUUAUGUUUUGCCAAAUUAUUCAAAUACAACAACAGCUCCAAUUAAUUCUGGCUCUUAUAGAACAUUAAAUAAUCAUAAUCAUUAUCCAACAUUCAACAACCAACAAUAUUAUUAUCAUCCUUUACAUCCACAAAAUUUAGAUCAGCAUCAACAACAACUAUAUUCAAGAGAUUCCAGUUUUACAUCUGAUUCAGGUUAUAGUCAUCAAACAUCAUCAUCAACUGGUAACAAUCGAACCAAUAAUUGCCCAAAUAAUAUCCAUGAUAAUAGAAUUAAUAAUGGUAAUGGUAAAACAUCAAUAUCAUCGAAUAAACCAAUUAAUUUAUCAUUACCAUCAUCAGAUUCUAGUUGUAUUGGUGCAUCUAAUAGUAAUAAUGGUCCUAAUUCAAUGAAUUGUAUAAAAUUACAAUCAAAUAAUUGUGAUAAAGAAAAUAGUAAUCAUCAUCAUAAUAAUAAAACAAAUAUUAAUAAUAUACCAUCAUUUAGUUGGGCUAGAACUAGAGCUGCAAACUUAAAUUCAAAUCAUAUUAAUAGUAAAAAAUGUAAGGACAAUAAUACUGGAACAGCAUUAUCUCUAGAUUUAAUAACAAGUAGCAACAAUCCAACAAUGAAUACAUCAAAAUCAAUUGAACGUAUUAAUUGUAGUAGUAGCAGUGGAUGUAGUGGUUCAAGAAUACCUAAUAAUAGCUUUGAAAAUGAUUCUUCUGAUACUGAACGAAAUUUUCAAAUUGAUAACCAAAAGUUAAACUUUAAUAAUCAUAUAAAUAAUUGUUUAUCUAGCAGUCCAAAUAAUAAUAGCAAU